AUGCUGAAUGAGAAAGUCAGAUCCUCUGGAGACGCGGAGAAUGACAAAUGCGUCGGUGCGAUUCGCAAGUCUCGCAUUAGUAACAAGUGCCCAAGCGCUGAUAGCAGUGUUGCUAGCAAAGGUGAAUGGACAAAGUCGCACUGCCCCUCUUCUUUCACUUCUUCGGUUUCCACUACAUGCACUUCCACCUUGUCCCAUUCGGAGUCUCACCUGUCCGCGAUGCGUGAAUCCCAAACAAACCAGCGCGAGUCUAGUCGCGUUUUGUCAGAAUCGCUAAGUCCGCCGUCCUCUGGACCGAAAUCGACAACAAAACGUUCUACUUGCCCUUCUUCCCGGCAGGUGGAGGGAUUAGUGAAGAACGUAGAAAGUUUAACGCGUGAGGAUUCAGUUAGGCGGGAUGAAGCCCCCGACGCCACCGCCGGAGCUCAUCUAGAGGAGACACCAGAUAUCACCGCGAAGCUUUCCGAUGUCUGUCAUUCCUCUAGAAAGAGUGGGUCUCGCAGCACAGAGGUCCAAACACCUCAUGAUUGUGAAACGACCGGGAAAAGCCGCGGAAGAAAGCGGACUGGAAGUCAUUCGCAAGAAACAGCUUCUUUGUGUGACGCAAAGGAAGGCGAUAAGCCUCGUUCUCUGAAAGCCAGAGACGGGAAGAAGCAAAGCGGUUCCUCAGGAGUAGGUGCGUCGCUGCCUUUGCCACAGAAACGACCCACGCUCAAAGGCAGCACUGUUUCUACUGCGGAAAAGACAGCGAUGGGAAAACACUUGAAUUCAAAUGCGGGUUUGUUAUUUGUUCCUCAAAUACCUCCCCUUCCGAAAGCGCUGCAGCAUAUAUCUUUAAUCUGUACUGGAGAUAGAGAAAAUGCGGAAUUGAGGGCACUUACACAAAUCCAGCAAAGCGUCAUGGAGCAUGUAACUUCCCAGGCAAUGACACAGAGUGCCGUGGUCAGAUUAAGAAUCCAGCGGCAGCUCCGAACCGCCGGGGUUUCCGCGGCUGACCUGGAGAAUGUUGAGGAAUACCUGGUCCACAAAAUGCCCCUCACAAUUGCAGUUGACUUACUCAAUGUUGUUCCGCACCUGCUGGAGGAUAAUUCCUACAGAAAUCGAUUUGAACUCAAAAGCCAAGCGCAGCUGGCGGAAGUAAGCGAAAGGCGAAGCUGGGAAGGACAGCUUUUUAAUGGAAUAUACGAUCACUCGUCUGUUCGACCGGAACAUCGACCGAAACGUGGACUUCUCAACUUGUACCUCUACCCUUACGCCGAUUCGCGUUUCCAUCCCUCGGGUCAAGCAUUCUUGCUCCUCGAGGAGCAUGUGAGAGUGCGAGUGACAGUCGCAGCUUCUCAAGAUAUUCGCGGGAACCGGCGACACCGGGUUGGUACGCUGCCGGAUAUGUGGCAUGUUCUUGAGUUAUUAGGCAAAGAACAGCUCCAAACAGUUCUAGACUUGGCAAACGGACGGAGAAAGCGGCCUGUGUUUUUCGAUGAGAACAAGAGACCAGAAUUCCAUGUUCACGGAGCCCUAGAUCUCACGAAAGACGUUGCUGCAAUAGCUGUGCGCAAAUCCGAAUAUGAGGCGAAAGGCAGGACGAGAGACUACCUAGACCAAAUCAGUCAGAAAUAUCUCUUUCCGAUUAUCACAUGUGAAGAACUAGAUGAACUUCUGGAGCAAGGCCGCGGGUGGUAUACUGCCGUCCGUGAGAGAGGCCACGUCGUUAUUCAAAGAUCUGCUGCAAUGCAGAACACUUCGGGAUUCAUUUAACAAGUUGAAUGACCUUAUCCUGGCCACAACUUUCAAAUGGUUCCAACUACAAGAACGGAAAUACCCUGGAAGGAACCAUGUCUAACAAUAGUAUCAAGAAAAUGAUGAGUCGUUUUGCAGCAGUGUGGUUUUACGAAAGAAUGACAAAGCACCAAGAUAGUGCCGGACAGAAGGCGUGUACAUACCUCUGUCACCUUGGCAAUGACUCUUCUAGAACUGCUACAUGAGCAGUCACGACGAAGAGCCCCAAUGGGACUUCUUUAUAGAUCUCCGCACGAGAAGGGUCCUCCAUUUCUUGCAGUGGUGGGAUCCUCCAGGUCUGAAUAUACGUGCGCCUGUUCAUCAGUACACAGUCGCGUGCAUGUGAUUCUAAAGCUAUCGACUGAUGUUUUAUUUCAAGCAUCGUCCGGAAACUAGACGGUAUGUGUGCAGAGAGAGCAAUCUCGACCUCUUUUUCUGUCAGUGUCUCUGAAUACAAAAACAACUCUGGAAGUUAUCUGAUCUCCAAACUGCGGAGAAAAAACCCGGCGUAUCACACAUUGUCUUGAAGAAGUUAUGACGUUCUUGAAGCAAAACCAACAGGUCACUCAUACACCCAGAAAAUCUGGGGGAGAUGUUUCAGCGUGUUUUCUGGAACGUUUUGGUGCUGUGCAGCUAUUUGCAUGAUGCUCGAACUCGAAUUUCAUGGAUUCUUUGCUCUUGUGCGCUAUAGGCUACGUGUUCUUCAUAUAAGCGGUGAGAUCAGUCUUUUCGACGCACAUGUGCGUACUUGAACAAGACGUGGAUUUUUGGUUUUGUUUCUAAUUCUAUGGAAUGUAGCUUGCACAUCUGCAUGACUAUAUGUUUGUCCUCUUCCAAGCAACUCCCGUGA